AUGGUUGCCUGGUUCAACUGGACGACUUUCGACGUGAUUGGCGACUUGACCUUUGACCGGUCAUUCGAUUGCCUCCGGAACCAAGCCUACCACGAAUGGAUUCCGUUCGUCUUUGGCAGUGUAAAAGCCGUCAUGAUUCGAAGCGAACUCGCUCGUUACCCUCUCAUUACCAGGUUCCUGAUGUGGCUGGACCGUGAAAAGAUUCUCGCGGCCAGAGAAAAGGGUUUCAAGUUUGCAAGAGAGCGGGUUGACCAUCGCGUUGCGUCCGCCACCGAUCGCCUGGAUUUCUUGGCUCAGAUACUUCGCCAAGAAGGGAAGCAAAGGGAAAUGAGCCGCGCGGAGAUUGAAGCAAGCUCUCAGCUCCUGAUAUUGGGCGGUAGCGACACGACAGCAACACUCCUCGCAGGCACGGUGUACUACUUGCUGCAGAACCCACAAGUCAAACAGAAGCUGGUGAUCGAAAUCAGAGAUGCUUUCACGGACGAAGCCGAUAUAGACAUAACGAGUUGCAACAAGCUACCAUACCUUCUCGCGACCUUGGAGGAGGCUAUGCGGAUCUAUCCUCCCGUCGCUCUUGGUUCUCCACGUAUAGUCUCGGCCGAGGGUGCAGUGCUCGGGGGCUACCAUGUGCCUCCAAAGACACAUGUUCUCAACAGCCAAUACGUGGCUGCCCACCUUUGGAAGAACUUCCACAACCCGGAGUCCUUCGUUCCUGAGCGCUGGCUCCACGAUCCGGCGUAUGAGAAUGACGACAAGGCGGCCAGCGUUCCUUUUUCUCUGGGCCCGCGGAACUGCAUUGGAAAAACUCUUGCGUAUGCCGAGAUGCGCCUGAUAAUGGCCCGGCUGUUAUGGAAUUUUGACCUCGAUAUUGGCCCAGAUAUCAGCACGUGGCUUGAGCGGAACAAGAAUUGGACAUUAUGGGAGAAGCCACCUUUAUCAGUGUUGGUGAAGUCAGUGCGAUAA